UCAGUGUGUUGUUGAGUUGGGUCGUCAUGGCCGCCUGAACCACACUAAAUUAUCACAGUGCAUGGUUCUCAUUCUUCAGUUUACAUACAAUCAAAGGUUUUGCACGGAUCUGCCUGGAUUAAUUCCAAUAUUGCUUAGGAUUUUGUUUUCAUGUAAAAAAAACAAACAUGCAGCCUCCGCCGAGAAAGGUGAAAGUUACCCAGGAGCUGAAACAUACUCAUGCUGAGCAGCUGAGCAGGCUACACAUCAAACACCAUACAGAGUGUGAUCUACUGGAGGACCUGAGGACAUAUAGUCAGAAGAAAGCUGCCCUAGAGAGGGACUACGCCCAGGCUUUACACAAGCUGGCCUAUCAGUACCUGAAGAGGGAGUGGCCUGACAGUCUACCAGAGGAGCCCACAGACCACAGGAACAUGUACACCGUCUGGAAGGCCUACCUGGAGGGCACGGCGCAGGUGACCCAGUCCAGAAUCACAGCCUGUGAGAACUACAGGAACCAGGUGUCUGACCCGGCAAAGACUGCCAGGCUGCAGAAAGAGCAGCAGCUCAAGAAGUGUAUUGACCAGCUGACAGUGGUGCAGGCUGAGCUACAGGACUCUGUGAAGGAGCUGGCAAAGACGAAGAAGAAGUACCAGGAGGCAGAGACCAUGGCCCAAGCCGUCCGGGACAAGGCUGAGCAGGACGCCAAGUCCAAACUAAGUCUCUUCCAGUCCAGGUCCAGUCUGCAGAGGGCCAAUGUAAAGCUGAAAGCCAAAAGGGGUGAAUGUAACUCCAAAGCCACACACGCCAGGAACGACUACCUGCUCACGCUAGCUGCAGCUAACGCACACCAGCAACGUUAUUACGACACAGACCUGAUUGACUGCAUCAAGGUCCUGGAUGGGGCUAUUUAUGACCAGGUGAAGGACUACCUGGUUUCGUUGUGCCAAACGGAGAUUGAGGCUUACAAGGCUGUCCAUGACACCUUCUCUGUCCUCUUGGAGAGGUCCAAUGGGGUGAUGCAGGAAUUCCACCGGCAGCAGUUUGUACAGCAGAACCCAGUGUUCCACAGUGCCCCAGCCAUCCUCUUCCAGCCCAGCGACACUGACACGGUGUUGCAGCUGCAGAAGGAGAGUGGCACGGUGGAAGAGCACAGCCUGGAUAAGGAGGCCCGGAAAUGGGCGACCCGAGUGGCAAGAGAACACAAGAGCAUCAUCCACUGUCAGAGGGCCCUAGAGGACUAUAGGACUCAGCAGGGCCCAUCGGAGCAGAACCGAAGCGAGCUGGAGCUCAAGAUGGAGGAGGCCAGGGAGAAUCUACGGAGAGCAGAGACAGUGAAGCUGAAGGCGGAGGCUCGUCUGGACCUGCUGAGAGAGGCGGGCGUCACCGUGGAGACGUGGCUCAAAAGCGCCAUGAACCAGGUCAUGGAAGAGCUAGAGAAUGAGCGGUGGGCCAACCUGAACGCCAAUGACCCCUCAAUAUCUGGAACAGCUGACCUGGAGAGGGAGGAUGAGGAGGAGCUGGAGGACAGCGGAGAGGUUUUGGACGACAGCAGCUCCAGUCCAUCUAGUACUCUCAGGAACUACCCCCUCACCUGCAAAGUUCUCUACUCAUACAAGGCGUCUCAGCCAGACGAGCUGACCAUCGAGGAGCAGGAAGUGCUUGAGGUUAUCGAUGAUGGGGACAUGGAGGACUGGGUCAAGGCCAGGAACCGGACGGGACACGUGGGUUACGUUCCAGAGAAGUACCUGCAGCUCCCCACGUCCAAUAGCCUACUGAGCAUGCUCCAGUCCCUGUCCGCCCUGGAUGCCCGCUCCCACUCCUCCAACAACUCCACGGAGCCUGAGCUGGCUGAGUCAGAGCUGCCCCCACCGGGCAUGCCCAGCAUCAACGGAGACUUGAGCAGCGUGUGUUUCGCCAAGGCCCUGUAUGAUUACGCAGGCCAGACAGACGAGGAGCUCUCGUUCCCUGAGGGUGCCAUAAUCCGCGUGCUGAGCCGCGAGACCCACGAGGAUGAUGGCUUCUGGGAGGGGGAGUUUAACGGCUCUGUAGGCGUCUUCCCUGCCGUGCUAGUGGAAGACCUGCUGGCAGCGGGCGAUGGAGACGACAAGAAUGGCAACAUCCCAGGGAAGGCUAGCACUAGCGCGCAGGCGUCGCCCUCUCCCCUUUCACAGCGUUCCCCGCGGAGCCCUUUUCAGCUGGGCCCAUUCCACAGUAGCCCACUACAGACCCCCACACUGCCGUCACCCCAGUCCAGCCCGUCCAGCGCCAGCGCAUCUCCCAUAUCUCGCCCCCCAUCCUACAUCAAUGGCCACCAUAGGCCACCGCCUGCACCACUCAAAAGCCCCCUGCAGAGUCCCGCCCAGAGCUCCACCCAGCCUCCAAAGUACCCAGCAGAUGGUGGUGUGGGGGGCAACAUUAGACCUGUCCGCGCUGCUCCCCCGCCCCCCCAGCCACAGCAGCCUAGGGGGCAGGUGAAGAGGAGGGAGGAGGUGGAGAUCACGCUGGUGUAAUGGCAUCGUCCCGGUGGCGGUGGCUGCUCCCCACAACCAGAUCAGACUGGAUCUGGUGGAUCCAGGUCCUGUACCGACUGACCCCCGUCCUAGGGAGGGACAUCAGGCUUCAGAGCCCAUGAACCAGCCUCCCCAGCCAGGGUGUAUCCCCACUCCCCAACGGAGAGGCUCCAAGAGGGGGGCCAGAGAUUAGCUUUUUUUCUCUCUCCACACAGUCCCAAGCCAGUGUGGCUGAAACGGUGUGUGGCGCAGAGAACCAAAAUCAUAGUGCAUGUCUGACAGUUUCCAACCCCACGUUUUCUUUCUAUUUAAUCUCUGAUUUUUUUCCCCUUGGUCUGUUCUUUUCUCUCACUCUCUAAAGUGUUAAAUCUCCCCUCUGUUUUCUCUCCUCCGUUUCUCUCUCUCGAUCUCCAUGUUAUUUCCUCACCUUCAGAACUUGGCAUUGAGCUUUUGCUGCCUUGUUUAUUAAGUAUUGCCAUUGGAUUACUAUGCAACAAAAUUACACUGAUUUCUGGGAUGAUUGUUAAUUUUUCACAAUGUAAAAGAAAAACAUGCAAGAGAACACCAAGUCCAAGACUGAUGUUUGUUUGGUUCUUGGUGUGUUGAUUUGAUGUCUCAAAACACUUAAGAGAAAUUCACAAAAUGACAGAGGCUGGUACCUCUCCUGCACCUGAAAUACCAACAUCUUUUUAGAGAAAAUGUAUUUCCAACAUUUCAUAAACAAGGGAAAAGUGGCAAUUUUGUAGUUACAGUUUUAGUUAGGAAUCGUUGUAAUACUAAGGACAGAAUCAUGGUCACAGCAUGUGAAAGCAGAACAAAACUGCCCCUGACACUUUUGAAUAACCCCACUCUUCAAAUGUAUUUGUACAAUUCAUUUGUAUUAACGUUGGACAUUUCAAAAUGGCCAAGGGCAGUUGUAGUUUUCUAAUAAUUGUAGAUUAUCUAUGUGCUGUUUUUGUUAAAUAAACAAAGUUCUAGCUAUAUUAUUGUCGAUACUAAUCUAGGCUUAAAGUAGUCAAUAAUGGUUGCUGUUGAGAAUAGUUCUUCAGUCAGGACUACAGAUGCAGGUUCAAGUUGAAAGUGGUAAGCAUUUCAAGGUCAUUCUUCAUGCCUUGGGUCAGAAAAGCCUUAAAGUUCCCGGAGGAGAAUCAUCUUAGUUCCUAGCUACCUACAGACAGUGAACUGACUGAAAUACUGAAGCACUUUUUCGAUAUUUUUUUGUUAAUGCCCUUUUCAGUAUUGCUGAUUGGUAUCGCUCGUGAUUGCUGCGUUAUUUGUCCUCUUUAAUUGCUUUUGUUCCAAAUAUAUUCUUAUGAGUAUUGUUCAUGUGAAAUUUGUUGAUUUGUCUAGCCUUUAAAUAGCCAAUGUAGUAUUUUUGUGUCAGAGGUAUACUUUUUCAUUGUAAAAUGUAAGAAUAUUAACAGUUUACAGACAGCUUGGGGAUGAAAAUAUCUGUGCAGCAAUUUUAGAUUCCGGAUAAUAGCAUACUGAAACUUAUUGUUACAAAUUUAAGUUGUUGAUCAGUAGUAGGUGUCUGCCAGCUAUGUUGCUAUGUACUUGUUGAUCUCCUUGAGAUCUGAAUGUCAUCAAACUUAUUUUUGAAGUUUACAUUUACCCUCCCUGUUAUAUUGGAAAAAUUGUGUUUGUAAUAUACAAACUUUGCUACAACCAUUAAAGUAGAUUUUUGUCAUUCUGUUUUCAAAGUUAGAAACAAAUGAUGUAGCCUCAAAAGCAAUAGCAGAGAAUCAAUGUUAUUUCAUUGGAUAUUACAAAACUAUUUAUUGUGUAAAGAAAUAAAUAAAAUUUGCUGAAAUAA